AUGAAACAAAAAUUGAUAAUCAACCCAAUCUAUAGUCAAACUUUUGACGAAAAAGUUGUGGAGAUAAAGAAGGCUAUGAAGAAAGUGAAAAACAAUGAAAAUAACUAUGCAGCAGUAAGAGCUCAGAAAUUCGAAGAAAAAGUGAUUAAUUUAGAGGACAAGAAGCUUUCUUUGAAUGACUGGUCUUUUAUUAAAGAUAUAGAAGAUGUAAACUUACUGUAUAAAUGUUCCUGCAACUCUAUUUUAAAAUUCUAUGACAAAAGAUUUCCGAUUCAAACAAAAUCAGCUAAAAUAAAAACACUACAGACACCUUGGAUAAGUAAAGGAAAAAGAAAAUCCUACAAUCAGGGACAUAAAUAUGUGGCCAAACAACAAAAAUAUAAGCUCAUUACGCAGAAACUGUCUCCCUGCCUGCCUAUAUCAAAGUUUCAACGAAAUUCAGUGCAUGACACAAAACAAAACAUUGAUAGUGGGGGUAAGAUUCCAGAUGUUUCUAAUUCUAUUGAAGAUUAUCUAACAAGAACUGAAAAUAAAAUUGGUGAUAGUGACUUAACAUUUGAAGAAUUUGAAACGGCGUUUAAGUCUACUCCAAAAAAACAAAGCAACUGGAACAGACAGCCUCUGGUUAAAUGUAUAAAUAAGAGUAUUUUUCCUGACGAUCUCAAAACAGCCAAAGUUAUACCCAUUUUUAAAGCAGGUGAUUCAACUGGAAAUAGAAAGCAGCAUGUUUCUUAUGAUAAUGACAAACUUUCAGAAGCUUUGAAUAUAAUUUGUGGAGUACCACAGGGUUCAAUUCUUAGACCACUGUUGUUUAUAAUAUGUAUCAACGAUCUCUAUAAAGCCUCAUCAAAACUUUUUAACGUCAUGUUUGCAGACCAUACAAACUUAUUUAAAUCAGGUAAAAACGUUCAAGAUCUUUUUGUAGAAAUGAAUCUUGAACUCCGAAAAAUUUCAUUAUGGUUUAAGAAGAAAAAUAUUCCUUCUACCCUUUCAAAACUUCAAAUUGAUAAUACAGAGAUUAAGAGAGACAAAGUUACAAAAUUUUUAGGGAUAUAUAUUGAUGAAAAUUUAACAUGGAAAUAUCAUAUUGAUACAAUAUGUAGCAAAAUUUCCAGGAGCAUAGAAAAGUUAUCAGGAAAAUACAAUACAAGAUCAAAACAACUCAAAGAACCAAUAAUAAAAACAAAGUAUGAAGAAUUUUGCAUCAGCUGUCGUGCACCACACAUAUGGAACAAAAUUACACCUUUAAUUUUAGAAGACUAG